CCUUCAAUGUUUUCUGCCUGUCCCAAGUAGGGGGGAAGGAGGAGAAAGUUACUUUCCUUUUUCCCACCAAACUCAGUUUUGUCUGUCUUGCCUUCUGUCUAGGUAAGAGAUACUGGAAUAUUUCUGAAGCACUAUCACAUGCAGAUUCUAAUUGUUGGAAGAAAAAGCAGUGUUUUCUAUCUUUAUGUCCUCAAAGCAGCAAUUGUUGCAAAAUUUGCCAUAAUAUUUCUAACAAGUUACAAUUCUCUUCCUAGGUCUUACCCGUAAAAAAGCAUCUAAGCUCUUUUUUUUGAGAUCUUUCCAAAGCGGAGGAGGGACAGAAGUGGUCCACGUUUGACAAUCUCUGCUGUUUGUCAAAGUGACAGUAUAAAACCAGAUACAUCCCCCUAGCAUCAGAGAUACUGCAGCUGCCUGCCUCUGCAUUUACAGCACAGCGUUGGUUUUGUGCUUUGUUCACAUAUGGCAAGACAAGGCCAUGUGUGUUAGAAAGCUGUACGUUUCUGAAACAAAAAUGUAGAUUCAGCAGAAGGGUGAUAGCACACACUGGAAAAUUAUGGAUCCUGGAGAAGUAGAUAUUUCUAGCUGUGAUGAAAAUUGAUGUCGCAACUAAUUGAAUGGGUCUUCAGAAGAGGAGUUGCUAAAACUGACAGAAAAUGGCAUAUCGAAGAGAUGAAAUGUGGUCUGAAGGGCGAUACGAUUAUGAAAGAGUUCCAAGAGAACGUCUCCCUCCAAGGAUUCAUCCUGAUGCAACAACAAAAUUUCUGCAUUUUCAGCAAACUGGAAAUCAGAUAAGUUUGCACAGGGAUGAUUACCAUAGAGUAGUAAACGUUGUGCCCAAGAAACCACCACUGCUCGAAAGGCCUGGGGAUGGGAAUUACAGUCGGUAUGAUGAUUACAGUCACGCUGAGUACAGAGACUAUGAAGAGAGUCGCAGUUUUGCCCAUGACCGAAGAAGUGGCCCUCCACACCGAGGUGUACGUAAGGAUGAAUCAGGGUACAGAUGGCCAAGGGAUGAUCAUCCUAUAAGUCGGCAGCCUGAAUACAGGGACAUCAGAGAUGGCUUCAGAAGAAAAAGCUUCUAUCCUUCUCAUUAUAUGAGAGAGCGAUCCCCUCAUAAGAGGGACUCUCCUUUCUUCAGGGAAUCGCCAGGGAGCCGAAGGGAUUCUCCGCACAGCAGAUCUGGCUCUAGUGUCAGCAGCAGGAGCUACUCUCCUGAAAGAAGCAAAACCUAUCCUUUCCACCAGUCCCAGCAUAGCAGAAGUAUGUCAUCUUUACAUAAAAGAAAUAUUUCUUCUCAGCAAGGUAAAGAGAGGACAUCAGUUCAAUCACUGAAAACCUCAAGAGAUGCAUCACCUUCAGGCUCCACAGCAGUACCCUUGUCAAAGGCCUUGGAUAAGAGCAACAGACUAUCGGAAAAGGAACUUGCGGAAGCUGCAAGCAAGUGGGCAGCCGAAAAAUCAGAGAAGGCCGAUGAGAGCAAUUUACCUGAAAUAACAGAGUAUGAUGCUGGAUCUUCAGCUCCAUUAUACGUUGAACAAACAGAGGAAACAGAAACAAAUAUAACGGACAGUACAGAAUUAUAUGAGGAUGGCCAGCUUCUUGGCCGCUCAAAAGCAAUUGCAACUAAGACAAAGGAGAUUGAACAGGUCUACAGACAAGACUGUGAAACCUUUGGCAUGGUAGUGAAGAUGCUAAUUGAUAAAGAUCCAUCAUUGGAGAAGUCCAUUCAGUUUGCCCUGAGGCAGAAUUUGCAUGAAAUAGGUGAGCGAUGCAUUGAAGAACUCAAACAUUUCAUUGCUCAGUAUGAUGCUGCCAAUCAAGAUCUGUCAGAAUCCUUCAAAGAGGGCUCAUACUAAGGACAAAAAUAUGCUUUUAGAUCCUCUGCAUUGUGUAUGCCAUAAUACAUAAAUCUGCUUUUUGCGGGGAAAGAGGAGAUCUUGUUGGAGAUUUGAACCCAAGGCCUGCACUCCUUCGUAGUAGCUCAGGUGGCUCUAUCUUGUUCACUGUGGUCUCCACAAUUGUAUUCUUCCUACCUGUACUUCUUGACAUAUAUUCCUUUGAAAGGAUGUUCUUUUCAAAAUGCUGUAAAGUGACAAACUAUUUUUGAAACCUUUACACAGUUACCUAGGAAAAAAUGUUCAGUCUGAUGGAUGUACACUUAUGUUUUGAUGUUUAUAAGUGUAACUUCAAACACUGUAUUUUUUAUUAAAAUAACAAGAAGCAGCUCUUCAUUCCUCAACUUAUGCAGAAAUAUGUCUUGUUUUCACAUAUGCUAUAGGAAGGGAAGACUUGCAAAAUUGUUCACAACUCUGAUUUAAAUUAUUUAUUAUAGUUUAAUUUUAAACUUCAGGUUCAUUCUGUAAAAUCACACUAGGGGUUAUCUCUAGUCUCUGACUGCCAGAGCAACUCUAACUACUUGACCUAAGUGCUGUAUUUUUGCUCUAAUUGCAGGUUCUGCAAAUGCCUUUUAAAUUUUGGUGUUUUCCAUAUUGUGAGUCAUUAGUCACUAGUAAGCAGUAUUAUGUAGGAUUAACUCCAUUUUUUGUCAAUAUUUGGAACUAAAUGUUACCUUUGUUAUGCUUUUGACUACACCUUACAGAGUGUAACUGCAGGCAGCCACUGAGCAGGGAAUGGUCCCUUCUCCUACUCUCUCCCCCUCCCCCUUACACCUUCUCACCACUUUUUAUGCGUUAGUUUUAACAGUUGGGAGGCUGUGGAAUCUUUACGUCUGACAUCAAGAAGGCACAGGGAUUUGGGAUGGCCAAGUGAGGCAAGGCAAACGAGUGGCACUGUCUCUUUAGUAACUCCAAGUUGCUUUGGAUUAGAUAUAAUGGGAAGAUGAACCCUAAGGUCCCAAAUUCAUCAUCAUUUCAAACCUAGGCAAGUCUGUGUAAUGUCUGGAGCCACUUUUGGCCUGAUAGAGCAACCUGUAGUUGGGGAGAAGUGGUUGAGGAGAGUCAAGAGGCUGCCAGUGCUUCUUGAUUAGUUUUCAGAGAUGAAAAAUAUCCAGGACUCAUUGGCAGUGUCCUGACCAUUGGAUUGUGCACAGCUUUACAUUUAAUAAGGUACUGUCUUUUAUGAACAUUUUAGGAAAGGAAUAAUUUGAGUCCACAAUCACAAAGAGGUAAGUAUAAGCAUGAUUAUUUUGUAUACAUUUGCAUUUAAAAACACAUGAAACUCUGUAAAAGGACUAAUGACUAAAGCUUACCAUUUCCAAAGUGCACAGUAUUUUUAAAUGAAAAAAUAAUUGAAUUCAGCCCCCUUAUCAAGACAGCUUCUCAGAUUUCAUCAGAAUGGCUUGCAGAAAAAUACAUGAAAUAGCAAUGAUUUUGCAUCUACAAGGUACUGUAUGUAUCACAGCAUCUUACACAUGCAAAUCUUGAUAUGCUAUAUUAAAUAUGUAUUACAUCAGAUUCCUGAGAUGCCUGAUUAGUUUUAAUGUCAGUAGGGUGUGGUUUUUUGCAGUCAGCUUUUGUUGGUUUCUAAGAGUUCACAUUGCUCAAAGGAGAUGACCUACAACUUACCUUGUGGGCACUUGGGAUUGCGUGGGCUGCGCAGUGAGUGGGAAUCAGCUCACGGAUCCUACAGGAUGCUAAUUUGGGGAGGGGGAGGGAGGAAGAGAGGCAACCUGUUGCGGCACAGUAGCUAGACCUGACCCGCCCCUUCUUGCAACAACCUGGCUUACCAAGAUCAGCUAUGAAACCACAGGCAAAGCCUUCUCUGAGGCAGAAGCGUAACUACAGCGCUUCACUACUUGCCUACAGGACCGAGAGCCCUUCCAGGGUGUUACAUCAGAGUUUCUGCUUUGGGUUAGAAAUGCUGAUGGAGAAAAAUACUGAAAUCAUGUUUAAUAUAUUUUUGAUUAAAAAUGUCCAUCAUUACUGUACAGUUUGUUAGGAGUCUCCUUUGUUAGAGGCCUGAUUAAAUUUACUAUGAUAAAAAUAUCUGAUUUUUCAAGUGUUCUGUAAAGUAAGACCUAAGUUUACUAUCUUAGAAUCCUAGAAUAUCUUGAGUUGGAAGGGACCCAUCAGGAUCAUUGAGUCCAACUCCCUGCCUCUUGCAGGACUACCUAAAACUAAACCACAUGACUAAGAGCGUUGUCCAGACACUCCUUGAACUCUGACAGGCUUGGUGCUGUGAUCACUUCCCUGGGGAGCCUGUUC